AAACUUCAACGUCGCCUGCGAAUUGCCAGUAUGAUGUUGGCCAACUGCAAAUCAUCGGGGAAUGAAGAUGGUGUCUUUUUCUGGUCCUACAUCCUUCGGUCCUUAGACUCCCUUGCUUCUACAGACAUGUCUGAUGAAGAAACUGUCUGCGACAAAGAGGAUCACAGCCAUUUCAGAAUUGUUAUGGACCCAGUCUCUCGACACCCAGCAUUUCGCAUUUUGUUUCGAUAUGUCGACGACGCUCCUUCCCUAUAUCCCGAUCUCUUCAAACAAUGCGGCAAAAAACCUCUCAAAAGGGUC